UUUUGUAACAAGAACAAAAACGUGUGAACCAAAAGUUAAACCGAAUUGCUAGUUCGUCUGAACCUUCUCAUUGGAAUAAACAUUCUCAAGGGAGAUUUGGAGAUUGUAAGAACGUAGAAAGAAAGAUUUAGAGAUUGUAAGUUUCAAUGGACAAAACGAGACUUCUCUUUUAUUGCUGUGAUGAAGAAAACACAUCAGAAGCCUGAUAGAACGUACGAUGAUCAACGAGCACGAUUGGUUGCAGAAACUUAUGAAAAGCAUAUACAAGAACGCUUGGGUCAACUUGAAUCUUCUGGGGAAGAGAAUCUGACAGCUGAAACUCUUGAUGAACAUGAGAAAAAUGAAAUUUAUAUCAAGGCUGCUGGAUCAUCUAAACAUGGCCAGAUAUUUGGACUUGGAGCACUAAUUGAGGCUCUACCAUCUGUUGGUGCUUCUUCAAGUGCACCACAAACUGCUGAAGAAGUGGAGACAAUAACGCAUCGGCUACAAGAGAUGGAAACUGAUCUUAAAAAGAGCCUUGAAGAGAAUCUGCAAACUCAGAAAAGACUUGAAGCUAUGGAAAAACUUGUUGAGUCUCUUGCACGUCAAAAUGUCUAGAUCUGAAUCCAUCACCAAGACCUUCCAGCUAAUCUAGUUAUGUAUAUAUUCUGGUUUCUAUUAGCCUAAGUAUCGUUUAGUUUGCAUUUUCUUUAAGUUGUGUUACUUAUGUUUGGAUGUUAGUCUUUAAGUUGUGUUUCCUUUGUUUGUUUGGAUGUUAGUCUAUUGUCUUUAAACUUUCUAUAAAUUUUGUUCGUUUGCUAUUGUUU